UUCCCAUGACAACCGUUGUAACUGUCAGCAUACCUUUGUAAUACCUGAUUAUUUUGUUCAAUGGCCAACGGAAACUGGGCUGGAGAAGAGCGUGGAACGUAUAGAAUACACAAUAUGGAUCUAUUACUUGGAAAACUGGAAAUGGAAGGAAAUAUGUACAACCAAUGAUCAGCUGUUGCAUCAUCAUCACUAUUAAUUAAUGAUAAACUGUUCAUUUAAAAGCAAACAUGUAAACAUUCUCAUUGCUAACAUCCAUAAACAAAAAUGGGUUUAUAUACUAUGACGAUGAUUUCGGGCUCAACAUUUAUUGAUUUUAUUCUAUUUAAUAUUAAAAUGAAUGAAUAUAUUUACAUCAUUUUAGAAUUUUAAACAAAAGACCAACUCAAUUUAAAAAAUAAUACUAUGAUGGCAUAAGGCUUUUAAUUUCACAAACAUGGGGAAUAUUUCUCAAAAGGCACGUAAUAAGAUUGAGUUUUUGGGAAUAAGCCAUGAGGAUGGGCCUGAGACCGAAUGGAGGCGUCAAAACAAGGCUUAUGAACAGAAUUCAAUGUACAAACUGGUGUACUUUUGCGGAAAGGGAUCGCUUAUUGCAAAGACCAAGAAACAUGGCGCUUCAAGCAAACGAAUGAAAAAGUACGUGAAAAUGAAAGUGCAAGAGUAUUUGUACAAACGUGGAGACGGGAAGGAAUUAACUAAAGCUGAAUUUGCCAAGUACAUGUACGAGAACAAUUACUUUACAGUAAAGAAGGUUGACAGACCCCAAUCGGAGGACUUGAUCAAAUACUUGGAAGAUUAUGAAAAGUCGGUCGGUUUUGACAGGUUUAAGCAACACCAGGUCUGUUGGGACCUCAACAAGCGAGGCGAAGUAGGAGAAACAAUUUUACAUCUGUGUUUUCUGAAUAAUACAGAGCAUCACCGUGCCCUGGCCUACACACUGAUGGAAUGCUUCCCACUAAUGGCGCUCGACAUUUACGAAGGACCAGAGUAUUACGGAGAAGGGAUGCUGCACAUGGCAAUAAUCAACAAUGACAUCGAAUCCGUCCACCUCCUGAUUAAAUAUCACGUUCCCAUAGAUCAGCGAGCAACUGGUAGAUUUUUCUGCCCUAAAGACAUGAAAGACAGAGCUAUGAAGGAGAAGAAUUUGUAUACAAGUAAAUAUGAGGGCGAAACAUAUUUUGGCGAGUAUCCACUGGCAUUUGCUGCAAGUGUAGGUAGUAUAGAGAUAUAUGAUAUUUUAGUCAACGCAAGUCUUUCUGCGGAAACAUGUGGGAAGGUUGAUCCGAAUGCUAAGGAUAACUUUGGCAACACCGUCCUGCAUAUGCUUGUUAUCCAUAAUCAAGUGCACAUGUUCAAUUAUGUUGCUAGCCAUAAGUUAAUGCCUGCUGACCAUGAAUUACGAAACCAUGCAGGACUUACCCCGAUGGAGCUGUCUUUCCAGUUGGGCCGCAGUGAGCUGUUCUCCAAUUUGUUGGAUCUAGCUAGUGUGCCCCAGUGGUCCUUUGGAGAAAUUACAUACUCGGCAUACCCCCUUUCAUUUAUUGAUACCAUUGGCCCAAAUGGUGAAACAAAUGAACAUUCUGCGUUAAGAAUCAUCGUUCGUGGAGAAACCCAAGAGCAUCUUGAAAUGUUGGAUGGAGAAAUUAUAAACACCCUGCUAAUGCACAAAUGGAAACACUAUGCAAAGAGUAAGUUUAUCUUCAAGUUUGUUUGGACUUUGGUACAUUUGAGCUUCCUGUCACUUGCGAUAUAUCUCCGCCCAAAAGGAGAUCUCAUGUCGUCAGAUGCUAAUUCUGGUCGUUUGGCAAAAUUCGAUGUUUGCGUGGUGAGAUGGUUUGCCGAAAUUUGCGUAUUAAUAGGAUGCGUUGCAAAAACAAUCAUUGAAGUUAGAGAAGUCAUCUCACGAGGAUCCAUUAGAUCAUACUUAAAAAGUCUGUAUGGGAUGCCUGCUAAAUCUGCAUUCAUAAUUGCAAUCAUCAUGCUCUACCUCUGUGUACCUCUGCGUCUGCUCAACUUGAAGAACGUAGAAGAACUGUUCCUCAGCAUUAUCUUACCUUUCUCAUGGCUUUACAUCUUGUUCUUUUAUAGAGCUAUGAAAGGUUUGGGACCAUUUGUCCACAUGAUUUAUGAGAUGUUACGAGGAGACCUUCUCCGCUUUUCCAUCAUCUAUGGAAUCUUCAUUUUCAUGUUUUCACAAGUAUUUUUCCACAUGUAUAAAGAUACUGACGUAGAAACGAGUGAUACAUUCGCAACAGUUCAUGGUUCCGUAAUGUCUGUUUUUAAAAUGACGUUCGGGGAUUUUUCCGAUGAUCUAUUUGACCAAACUCGUCAUUGGUUUUUGUCAAGAGUUGUAUUUGUUCUAUUCGCCAUCUAUCUGCCGAUUUUAUUACUGAAUAUGUUGAUUGCUAUGAUGGGUCGAACUUACACCAUCAUCGAACAGAAGGCAAAGAGAGAGUGGAAAAGACAGUUAGCAAUCAUAAUUUUGAAUGUAGAAAGAGCCAUUUCCAAAAACGAUCUGGCCAAGAUGCGUCUUAAAUACUCAACAGAGAUUAAGAGAAGGCGUAAACGAAAGAAAGUUCCAAGGAAGUGGUCGCGUGCAAACUCAUUAGCAAGUAUUGUGACUGCCGGGGUGGCAUUCAAUGAGCUAAAUUCAAAUACAGAAUCUGUGAACAAUUCUAGAAUGUAUCAGCCAAAUGUAAAAUCAGAAGAGGAAACAGAUGAAGAGGAGGUGGAAGAAACAUUUAGGGCUUUGAUGUUCCUAAAGAGAUCAGAUCCUGCUAGCAAAAAGAACUCAAUGCAAGCUAAAAGGCUAUGGAAGAAAUCGGUGAAGUUGGUACAUCAUUCAAAGAAAGUAAAGGAAAGAGCAAACAGCAAUUUAGAAGGACACACGUCAGAGUUAAAAGAAAACAUUGAGACUCAAAUGAAUUUUAAACCAAUGCUUCAAAAACAUGACUUACCAACAGUUACAAGCUGAGAUCCAUCAGCGCUGCAAUAAAAAGUUUUUUUUUUCACAUAUAAUACGGGUUUUUUAUGUUUGUUUAUAUUUUAUUCAUUUACCUAUGCUAUAUACUAUAUUUAUGAUUAUUGUUGUCGUUAUAGUCGUCGCCAUAGUCGUUGUUGUUGGUGGUGUUGGUCUUCUUAUUGUUACGCCAUUUUAAAAUACAGCAUAAGACAUAAAA